UGCGUAGCGAGGCCGUCAGCGUUUAUUUGACCGUAUAUAAAGCUUCGGUGGCUUUUAACUCUGCUCCAUGAGAUUCAGGCCGUGCGCAUAUGGUCGCCUCUUCCGGCUAAGUAACAUUACCGGCGACCUGCGCUUGUCAGCCAGUCCGUUGUGCCGUGUCGGAGCGUCAUAUAACCGCGGGUUUCCUUUACUAUUCGCCCGGAAACUCACGAUGCAGUCAAGUGGAAUUGUAAGCAAAUGUAGCGGUCGCGACGACGUGUGCUCGGGCAAAGUAGUGGAGCCUGGCCCGGAGCUUUUGAGCAACAUUCCCACCAUCACUGCAGAUGAUAGUAGUCCUCCCGUUGAAAAGAGGAGACUGGAACUUCUGUUAGAAGGCAACUGUGAUGACGACUCGGAGGCUGAGUCUUUUAAAGAUGGAAGAAGCGAAGAUGUGGACAGAGACACGAGGAGCAAGGCGUUUGUUUGGUGCAGAGACUUUCUGUCAGGCUCGUGGAAGACAAUCCGAGAGGAGGACUUUCAAAUCAGCAUCGUCAGUGGUGGACUGAGUAAUCUGCUGUAUCUGUGUAGUCUGCCUGAGCAUGUGCACACUGUGGGAACGGAACCUCGUCUGGUGCUCCUCAGAGUCUAUGGUGCCAUCCUACAGGGAGUGGACUCUCUGGUGUUGGAGAGUGUCAUGUUCUCCAUCCUGGCAGAGCGAUGUUUGGGGCCAAAACUAUAUGGCAUCUUUCCUGAAGGACGCUUGGAACAGUAUCUUCCGAAUACCCGCAUGCGCACAGAACAACUUUCAGAUCCCACCAUUUCAGCUGAGAUUGCCACGAAAGUGGCACAUUUUCAUGAAAUGGUCAUGCCCUUUAAUAAAGAGCCAAAGUGGCUCUUUGGGACCAUUGACAAAUACAUGGAUCAAGUGAUGAAACUUAACUUUGUCCGGGAUGCACAUUUGAAAAAGUACAAGAAGCUGAUGAAGAUGAACCUAGUUGCUGAGCUAGAGAGCCUCCGUGAACUGCUGGCAGCGACUCCAUCACCAGUGGUGUUUUGUCACAACGACAUCCAGGAAGGUAACAUUCUUAUGCUGGACAACAAGGACCAACCCUCAACAGAUAAACUCAUGCUAAUAGACUUUGAGUACAGCAGCUACAAUUACAGGGGUUUUGACUUUGGGAACCAUUUCUGUGAGUGGAUGUAUAAUUACACCUAUGACCAAUGGCCUUUCUACAAAGCCACUCCAGAGAACUACCCCACCAGAGAGCAGCAGCUUCAUUUUAUCAGAAAUUAUUUGGCAGAACAAAGAAGACACUCUGACAUUCCCACAGACCAGGCGCAGAUCGAAGAGGACAUGAUAAUCGAAGCAAACCGGUAUGCACUGGCUUCACACUUUCUCUGGGGCCUGUGGUCCAUCAUUCAAGCCAAGAUAUCCAAGAUUGAGUUUGGAUACAUGGACUACGCUCAGUGUCGUUUCGAUGCAUACUUCAAACAGAAAAAGCUCUUUUCCUGAAUUCCAUCAUGUGAAGACGUUUUCCUCUUCUCAGUCACGUCAUGCGUUUAUGAACCUCUGGCCCUAUGCAGCUCAAGUAAUUUUACACCUCAAAGCCAUGCACAUGGAAAAAAACAGUUGAAUGAAGUACGUGCCUACGCCCGUAGAGAGCUCACAAGCUCUACAGCUCUGAAUGUUAUUAUUUAAAAUUGAAGAGGCUCCGUCAAUGUGAUUGACAACUUUUAUUUCAUUAUGUUUUUAUCACAUUUGUUUUUAGAAGUUGCACUUGAAGUUCUAGGACCAUUAUUUCUUUUGACAUGGGCGUCAAAUCUGUAGCUGAGGGACGAACAGUCGCGGUCAACAGCAUUCGUGUUCUUUUUCUUUUUUUUCCCACAAUCAUACUGUAACAGUAACUAUAGUAACUCGCUGCUUUUUGUGUUUGUUGUCAUUCUACCUCGCUCUGUAUUCAGUUAGGGAUUCCAGAAGGGCUGAUAUUUACAGUCAUCCUCUGUAACAAGUAUUUUUUUUAUGAAAUGUGUGAAAUAUGCUUUGAAGUUAAGUUUAGGAACUUAAUCAAAACAGGGCUAUUACUGUAGUAAACAAAUCUCUUCUUCUCACAAUUAAAACGGUAAAUAAGUGUAAGACAUUUCAACUGAUUAUAAUUGAUCUGGAUCCGCCUCUUUAGAUAUAUGAAAAUGAUUACCUGUAAAAUUCCGCUGGGUUUUAAAAAUAAUUUUAAAAGAAAAUCCGGUGGUUUAGUUCUUUGGAAUAUUAAAAUGGGGUGAAUUAAACUGUCCAUUGGGCACAUUUAUAUGUUAUGUAACCACUUUAAACAAGAUUGCCUAAAGUAGAGGCAAUAGUUAUUGAAAACUGUUUUGGAAAAUCACAUCACAUUUAACCUGAAUGUGAAGUGAAUUCCUCAUCCAUUCAUACCGUCCUGCCAUGAAUGUAUUUUGAUUAACAUGUAGCUGCGUCGUUUUAUUUCACUAAAAAGAUGUUUGAGUAUAACUUCUGUUUUUGUCCAAGUAGAUUUUCACUCUUGUUAAAGUUCUGCUUCUGUUGGUCCUGCUUGCACAACAACAACUUAUCAUUUAAAAGCAAAUAAAAGCAGGUGGUUAGAACGUGA